AUGCGGACAAUAAACCUCAGUACAGUGGUGUGUGAAGAAGAAACUUGUGAAAGUAUACAAGCAGCCAUUUGUUUACAUUGUGAAAAGCGUCUUUGUAUUUCUCAUGUCUUUGAACAUGGAUGUUCAUUGUUAAAAAAAAGCACUGUUGAACUCAGGAAGAAAGCUGACGAACUUGCCGACUCGCUUGCGAUCGCUUCACAGUCUGUAGACGAAGGAUGCACAAGUGCUGAAGCUGAAUGUCACGCAUGGAAAACAGUAGCACUCGAAAAAAUCGAGAAAGAAUAUUCUUCAAUGAUAAAAUCGAUUCAGUCCGAACGAAAACGCUUGGAUAAAGUGAGAAAAGAACUUACUACACAGUUAUCGAUUGAAGUACAACAAAAGCUGAAAACUUUGAGAACACAACCCAUAUGCACUUCACAAGCUCUUGUUGACCUUCAAUUAGUAUUGGAAAAUGUGAGAAACAACAUGCAAAAACUUCAAUGGCCAAAAAAGCUGCCCUUUUCUGUACCGAUCAAGAUUAAAUUAGCUCAGAAUAAAAAGGAAACACAACCAGUCUUACCCAAGACUAAAAAUAAAAAUGUUCAGUCUUCCCCAGUGCUACUGAAAGUUGAAUCUGACAAUACAACGUCUACAUCAUUGCAUGUCGGUUCUGAGUCUGAUGAACCCAUACCAUGGAAAAUACGAAUGGAAAAUGAUCAUAAAAGACUUCAACAAAUUAUAUUGAAUAGUUCUAGUGCUGAUAAUGCAACUAGUGUAACGACUUUGCAAACACAACCAACAGCUGGUAUAUUAUCAGCAUCCAAUGAGCGCGAAAAGAAUAAAAAAAGUACGAGUAUAUCGUAG